AGAGUAUCUUACAGUGCUUAACAUUUACCAUUAACUUCUACUGUUUCUCUUUUCAGAUUCUUUAUCUAGAUCCACACCUCAGGCAUCGAACAUGAGAGACAACACAGAGUUGAGGAUUGUGCUGCUUGGGAAGACUGGAGUUGGGAAGAGUGCAGCAGGAAACACCAUCCUGGGAAGAAGGGAGUUUGAUUCAAAACUCAGCGCCACUUCCAUAACUAAUAAGUGUAAGAAGGGCACGGCAGAAGUUUCUGGGAGACACAUAGCUGUGAUUGACACUCCCGGUCUGUUUGACACAGAGCUCACUGCUGAUCAGAUUAAACAGGAGAUUGAGAAAUGUAUCUCUCUGUCUGCCCCGGGACCCCACGCUUUGCUGUUGGUUCUACAGGUGGGCCAAUACACACAGAGAGAGAGGGAAGCAGUGAAGAUUAUUUUGGGUGAGCGUGCUGCCAGAUACAUGAUGGUUCUUUUCACCCAUGAAGACAGUCUGGAAGAUGGCAUGACAAUUGAGAAAUACAUUGAGGGAGUCAAAGGGGAUCUCCAGCAGCUUAUUGAUGAAUGUGGGGGCAGGUAUCAUGUCUUUAACAAUAAAGACAAGAGCAAUACAGCUCAAGCUAUUGAACUGGUCAAGGAAAUAGAGGCGAUGGUGGAAUGUAAUUGUGGGAGGUUUUACACCAUGGAGAUGUACAAUAAGGCAGCUGCAUCCACCAGUCAAAAUGUAGAAAUGGAGGAAAAGUGAGGAAGUAAAGGCCACCGCAUAAGACUGUGCAGAGCUCCAGAGAUGGGUGUAAUUUGAUGUAAUCUGUUUAACAUAUCUGACGUGUUUAUUGAAUGUCCUCUGCAUAAUUAUUUUCUUUACCAAUAUGUGCUUGAUUUUGUUUUCUUUUUAUUUGAAACAGCCAAUGAUUAAUAACCAAUGCUUAACAUUGUAUUUAGCUCUAUAAAUCAGUAUGAAUUUCCUUUCAGUACACCUUAUA